GCUUGAUGAUUUAAAUAAUAUUGAUAUGAACUCGUCAAUUUAUAAUCAUGAUUUAUUUAUUGAUUGGGCUGAUUUCUUUAGUAAUCAAAAUACUUAUCUGAGUUCUGACUUAUCAAUAACAUCUAGUAGUGAUAGUUCACAGAGUUCAAAUAAUUUUGAUUUUCCAAUUCAAGCAGAUCAACAAUUCAAUGAUGAUAUCAUAAAUAACCUUUAA